GGACUGAAAGUUAAUUAUGAGGAAAAGUUAUUCCACAGAAGAUCCCUUCAGCUUAAUUUACAUACUUCAAAGCUCAGGCAUUUUAACUUGCAUAGAACGUUCCGUCAUAGCCGGAUAUUCAAUCACAUAUCGAUAUGAACAUGGCAAAGCUUCAAAUUAUCAUCGCAGCAAUGAUCAUCAGCAGUGCAGGUUUCGCAGCUCCCCAAGAUGACCAAACACAGGGGUCGACUUCUUGCUUCACAUACAUCACAAUUGCGUCAACCAGUUUAUGCCCAUCGGAAACUUCUUGUCCUGCACGCCCGGCAUGCGUUGAAGUUGUGACUAACACGAUCACUUUCCCAGCCCCAAACACAGCAUGCCCUACUACACCCACAGUGACGGCGUACCCAAACUUUUGCACAGAUUGCGGAGAAGGAUGUUCCACAAUCAGCGAGACUGUCACUACAACCUUGGCAGCAUGAGUGAUUCUUCGAAGAGAGUGGGUCAAAUAAUCUGGAUUAUGAUUCAACAAUGGAUGAUCUUCGAUAUGGAAAUCCUUAGGAGAAUACUCGUAAAAGCUCAAAGUCUGGAGAGUGAUCUGGUCCAUUGAGACUCAUGCUCAAGGAUAUAUGGGAAGGAGGAUUUCGUAUCACUUAGGAGUGUAUGGCCAUGUCAUGAUUGUGGCUGUGAUGAAUCUAUAGCACAAAUAUAUUUGUCUGGAGUUUAUAGCUAGAAAAUAGCGAAUUGGAGCAAAGCACACGCGCUUUUGAACCAGUGGUCCAGUGAUACCCCAGCAAUAUCAUCAGCGACGUAGUCAAUUGAUUUGUUGCUCAUCCACUUGGAUCACUGAGCUCUCGAGCAUACUUGAGCUCUAUGAAUGCGAAUAUUUGAUCAUUCAUUGUCACUCCAAGUAUCAAUAACCUAGUAAUGACA